AUGGAGCAGUUGAAUCAGAAGUACUUGGCCGCACGCUUCGCUGCAGCCGGCCUGCUUCUGGCCCUCACCGUCAAUGUACGGCAGGGACGGUCGGAUCAUAUCCUCGCGGCCCUGAGCCCGUCCUGUGUGCAGCAGGCGCUCCGGAUGCCCGCAGCCUGUCGCCAGGGCAACUGCGCGAUCAUGGACGAGCUGUCCGCUAGCUGCCGCAGCUCCUGGCAGGCCUCGGAGUACACCUUCUACGUUGAGCUGUCCGUCUCCAUUGCAUUCCUGGUUUUGGAGCUUCUGUCAAUGUUGACUGCAGUCCACUGCUCACAGCAAGAG